AAGAUUGAAAAAGAAAAAAGAAAGGAGAUCCACUACUUUGUGUUAAGGAGAAUCCAGGACAACUGGAGAUCCCCAUCUAUUACUCUUAUCUAUUUUAGCAACAACUGGGAUCUCAAUGUUUUUCCGCAGGGGAUGUUGGAGGCUGUGCAGUCUUGGGACCUGACCUCAUGGGUAACCCUAUCAAGAAUAUGAGAUUCUGGAUGAUGUAGCCAGAGUCAUUAAAACCUACAGCCUUCUCUGCCAUAAUAUUUUCAGUCCAUGAAGAAGUUCUGAUUUAGUAAUAAUUUGUUCAGUGAUACUGUAAGAUAAGAAGCUGAAAAAGCUGAGGACCGACCUGGUGAAUGGUCUCACUAGGGGUGUCAUUGCUGAUCUGGUGGAUGAAAUGCAGGGAGAAGGAGUGAUCAACACCUCUGAAUGUGAAGAGAUUCUCCAAGCAAAUCUAACAACCAAAGACAAGGCUAGAGGUCUUAUUGAUACUGUGUCAAGAAAGGGACCUCGAGCCAGUGAAAAACUAAUUCAGAGUCUGAAUAAUGCAGAUAAAGAGCUGUGCAACACGCUGGGUCUUUCCCCGGUGGAAAACAUGGCAUCAUCUGUCCCACCCACUCCACCAGCACUAGUGACCCCCACAACUGGUGAGUGGAUAACUCCAUGUGUACAGCAGCAAUGUGAUGAGCUUUCUCAGAGGACAAAGGAGAUAUACCCAGUGUUGUCAAAGAACAACAGGAAACGUCUGGCCCUAAUAAUUAACAAUAUUGAGUUUACGAAUCCUAAAAUGGCAAGGCGUGGUGCAGAGGUGGAUGAAGAACAAAUGCAGAAACUGCUGAAUGGCUUUGGGUAUGGAGUUGAAAGGCACAAUAAUUUAACAGCAGAGGAGAUGAAGAAAGCACUGACUGAAUUUUCAAAUCGAGAGGAGCACAUGCAGUCGGACAGCACCUUUGUAGUUUUAAUGUCCCAUGGACUCCGGGAUAAAAUCUGUGGCAAACUUCACAGUGACAGCAAGGAGGAUACUUUUCACAUUGACCAAAUUUUCGAUAUUUUAAACAACAAGAACUGCAAAGGACUGAGAGGAAAGCCAAAGGUCAUCAUCAUCCAGGCCUGUCGUGGAGGGAACCUUGGUCACGCCUAUGUCAGUGAUUCAGCAACUCCUGAGCCCCACAUUGAUUACGAGGAAGAAGGUCCUUUUUACCAAGUACACCGGGAAAGUGACUUCAUUUGUUUCUAUUCCACCACACCAGACAGCGUGGCCCUUAGGCAUGUUGAGAAGGGAAGCAUAUUCAUCCAGCAUUUGAUUGACGUUAUGAGGCAAAACGCAUGCAACGAUCAUAUUGAGGAGCUGUUCUUCAAGGUGCAGCAGUCCUUCACGGAAUUUACCAGACAACUGCCUGUGAAGGAGAGAGCCACGCUGAUGAAGAAAUUCUACCUCUUUCCUGGUUUUUGACACUGGUUCCCGGAAGCGAACCAACCCAGAAAUCCAGAGCACUGUGUUAUAGAAAUCAAAGUUCAGCUGAGUUACUUCAGCAGUAGAAUAUCAGAAUAUACAUUGGAAAUUAUUUUAAGGCACUCCAUAGGAUGUAUAUUGAUGGGCUGGGAAGGUCUGUGGAAAAGGAGAGGGUGGUAAACUCCACCCAGCAAGGUGAAAGGUAUGAGUGGUAUCUAGAUACCUGAGGCCUGUUUGCCUCUGUUCUUGUUAAAUUAAUUGGGGGCUUUUAAUUUGCUUUGAUUGAUUACAUAUUGCAUAUUGCUUCAGAUAGUCUCAAGGACAGCAAAGUGAGUGAGUCCACUGCAUCUUGUACAAUUUUCAAUUCUCACUGCACUAGCAGUGAAGCUAGAGCUCAGUUCUUCUGCCUGUCCGGGGGGGCAAAGGCCACCAUUGCUGUCGAUCCACAUUCUCAGAAGAGCGAUAUAUCAACAAGGGGUACUGGCUUUAGACACAUUCGUACUGACCUUUAUG